AUGUGUCUGCUUAAUUUGCCUUCUGAAUUACUCCUCGUCGUUGCAGAUUUCCUGGAGGCCGAAGGAAACAUUAACUCAUGGGCUCAAACCAACCACUAUACUUACUCUCUACUAAAUCCGUACUUAUAUCGACGCAAUUCGCUGCGCUCUGGAAGUUCAGCUCUAUUAUGGGCAGCCCGACAAGGUAUCGAGGCGACAGCUCGAAUGUGUUUGUCUGAAAGAGCAAAUGUUGGGGCGAUCGAUGGCGUCGCCAGAACACCGUUGUCUCACGCUGCCGGGAACGGCCACGACCGGGUGGUGAGCCUGUUAAUAGCAAAUGGAAGGGUGGAUAUCGAUGCAAAGGACGACUUCAACAUCACACCGUUAUCAGAAGCUGCGUUCGGUGGCCACGAAGGGGUGGUGAGGCUGUUACUAGCGACUGGGAAGGUGGAUGUCAACGCAAAAGACUCGGAAGGCUGGAGUCCGUUGACUUGCGCUGCCCGAAAGGGUCACGAGGAAGUGGUGAGGCUAUUGCUAGCGACUGAGGGGGUGAACAUCGACGCAAAGGACUCGGAAGGCCGCAGUCCAUUGUCUCACGCUGCCCGUAAGGGCCACGCGGGAGUGGUGAGGCUGUUACUAGCGACUGAGGGGGUCAACGUCGACGCAAAGGACUCGGAAGGUCGCAGUCCAUUGUUUCGCGCUGCCCGGAAGGGCCACGAGGAAGUGGUGAGGCUGUUACUAGCGACUGGAAGGGUGGAUGUCAACGCAAAAGACUCGGAAGGUUGCAGACCAUUGUCUUACGCUGCCCGGAAGGGCCACGAGGAAGUGGUGAGGCUAUUGCUAGCGACUGAGGGGGUGAACAUCGACGCAAAGGACUCGGAAGGCCGUAGUCCAUUGUCUCACGCUGCCCGGAAGGGCCACGCGGGAGUGGUGAGGCUGUUACUAGCGACUGAGGGGGUCAACGUCGACGCAAAGGACUCGGAAGGUUGCAGUCCACUGUCUCGCGCUGCCCGGAAGGGCCACGAGGAAGUGGUGAGGCUGUUACUAGCGACUGGAUGGGUGAGACGGCUACGCGCCGUUAUCGGGAGCUUCCUUGAGUGGAUAUGA